GAGUUAUUUCCCUUGAUAGACUCACCUUCGCCAUCUUUAGGUCAAGAUCAACAUGGCUCUGUUUCGGCAACUUUGGAAGGCGCCUGUUUUGGCGAGACAAUGCAGCAGAGUGAUUGCAUCUGCGCCAACUAACAGAGGAUAUGCCGAUAUGCCAUUCUCAUUCGCCUCACCAAAUGCUAUAUAUUACAAUAGCCAAAAUGUGAAACAAGUGGAUGUGCCAGGCUUGAACGAAACAUUUGGUAUCCUACCCACUCAUGUACCUUUGGUCACCGUCCUUCAGCCAGGAGUUAUGUCAGUAAUAGAAGAGUCUGGCACAACAAAAAAAUUCUUUGUGAGCAGUGGGUCAGUCACAAUUAACAAGGACUCAACAGUUCAAAUUUUGGCUGAGGAGGCCUAUCCUUUGGAGAAUCUUGAUAGUCAGGCCAUAAAGGCUGGAUUGGCUGAGGCUCAAAAGAACGCCCAAGCUGCAUCAACAGAGAGAGGCAAAGUUGAGGCCCAGAUUGCAGUGUCUUGUUACGAGGCCAUGAGUAGGGCAGUAGAUUCAGGACCCUAGAUAAAGACUGAAGACUUUAUAAAUGUGUUUCGAGUGCUGACAUUUGAACUACUACGACAUCACACUAUUUAAUGGUACAUCUGUAGUAAGUUUUAUGACUGAUUAAUGUUGAAUGUUUCUUGACAUUUCAAAAAUAAAAUCUGUACAGUA